AUGCCGGCUCUUCUAUAUCUUGGCUGCAAAAUUGGCUACAACCUUCGAUUUCACGCUCUCUCCAAGUACCCCGGACCAUUAGCAUGGCGCACAUUCGAAUUUCCGCAUCGAUGGUACAAGGCCACGGGACGGUUGCCGUUUAAGAUUAAGGAACUUCAUGACCGAUAUGGCUUGGUAGUCCGCACGGCUCCGAACGAACUCUCGUUUGUCGACCCGCGGGCCUGGAAGGAUAUAUAUGGUCACCGAGAGUUCAUGCGACCAGAUUCACUCCGCCGCAGGCCACCUGGUGUAGCCGAUAAUCUCAUCACCGCGGAUGCCGACACUCAUGCUCGUUUCCGCAAGGUAAUGAAUCCCGCCUUCGGAGACUCGGCGGUCCGGGACUAUGAGCCGAUUGUCAAGGCGUAUUUUCUCAAGAUGCUCGCGCGUCUGGAUGAGAGGACUCACGGUGGCGGCUACGUGGAUCUCUUACACUUUAUUAACUGUGGCGUCUUCGACAUCAUCGGUGACGUGACUUGGGGCAGAUCAUUUGACUGCCUGGAAUUCGAUCAGCCGCCCGCCCUCCUCUCGGUUCUAUUACAUUUCAAGGCCGCCGUCAUCGCCAGCAGCAUUUCACCUUAUGUUGGAUCCCUGAGCCGCGUGCUUACCCCAAAGCCAGACCUCAUCCGACUUGACCAUGUUUUUGCUUCGGUCCGUCAGCGAGUUUCCGAGCGAGUCACCGGCACGGCACGUCAGCACGACAUUAUGAGCUACAUGCUUCGAGACCCCAAGCACAGUGAUGCAAUUCUCUCCGAGGCAGAGAUCCAGACCAAUUCUCUGACUCUGACUAUGACAGGCAGUGAGCCUCUCACCUCGACCCUCUCAGCGGCCAUGGCAUUGCUGCUCGCGAACCCUGCCCAGCUGCGGCGGGUCAGCAGCGAGAUCCGCGCCGCAUUCGCGUCACUGGACGACAUUUCGGCGCGCGAAGCGGCCGAACUACCAUUCCUGCACGCUGUGCUUUUGGAGACGUUGCGCAUCUAUCCCGCCGUUCCCGACAGCCGGCUGCGCCAGGUGCCACCGGGGGGUGCCGUCGUGGCCGGCGAGCAUCUUCCGACAGGCACCACGGUCGCGAUGGGAUGCUACUCGACGUUCCGUAGCUCACGGUGGUUUACGGAUGCCGAUACUUUUGCGCCAGAGCGGUGGCUUCGCAAGAACGAUGCCGAGGCCGCCGAGGCGGUCCGACGCUUUCCUGCCCACAACCUCGACGCAUAUCAGCCGUUUGGAAUUGGGCCGCGAAACUGCCUUGGUCAGGCCCUUGCUUGGGUCGAGAUGCGGCUGUUCCUCGCCAUGCUGCUGUGGAAAUACGACCUGGAGGUCCCGGCGGGUGAGGAUGCCUCGUCUUGGAUGGACCAGAAGAUUUGGUGGACAUGGGAGAAGGGACCGCUCCAUGUGAAGCUAGUUCAAGCGCAGUGA